UCAGUCCAGGGAAUCUGUUUGAACUGUGCAAACACACUCGGUUGAAACUGUUGUGUCAAAGUUUACUUUCGUAAUCACUUCACCAUGCACUGACAACGUGAGAUCUGAGUCCAAAUGAAGCACCUACAGAAUAUGAAAAUUGUGAUUAAAAUCAUGGUUAUUGUUCUGCACUGUAGAGGUUCCUCAUCUGACAAGACAAAGAAGGUCAGCGUCUUAAUCGGUGCAGACGUGACUCUUAGCUGCCUGUUUGAUAAAUUUUCCAAGCUGGUGGAGUGGAGCACUCUCACCAUUGAGUGGAACAUGGUGGAUAAACGUGCAGAGAAGAGCAUUGUGUACACUUUUGAGGAUGGCAGAGCACAUGUGAACAGAAAUGGCUCCGUGGUGGAUAAAAUGCAGUUGCUAGAAAGUGAUGCAUCUCUGCAGCUUGGUAAUGUGACUGUGGGGGAUGAAGGGCUGUACACCUGCAGAAUCAUCACACCUGUGGUCCACACAGAGACCACCUCACUGGAAGUGCUAGCUCGGCCUUUAGUGUCACUACCAGAGAAGGCAGCAGUGACAGAGGGGGAGGAGAAGACUAUACAGUGUGACAUCAAAGGUUUUUAUCCAGAGAAACUGGCUGUGUCGUGGCUCAUUAAAAAUGGCUCCCACACUGUCCACGCAGGUGCAAGCCACCUCUCCCGAGUCUGCACUGAAAUGGCAAUUCACAAUCCAGAUGGCACCUACAGUAUCCGCAGUGGCAUCACACUGCACUCCUCAGCAGUGAAGGAUGGAGAGAUGCGCAUCAUCUGUCAGGUGGAGCACCAGACCUACGGCCGGCCGCACAACAAGUCUGUCACACUGACUGUUCAGGCUCCAUCACAGCCCCUUUACAGUGCUGUCACACUGAUAGCUGUCACCAGUGUCAUCAGUCUGCUGCUGGUUAUCACUGUUAUUGGAGGCGCUCUGCUUCUCUACAGAUAUUUUGGCAAAGCUCCACCAAGUGUUUCUGAAAUCAGCAAACCCAGCAUCAUAUAUGCCCAGGUGCAGACAGACCUCAAAUGCACCAUCCAAGGAGCAAGACUGCAGGAGCUCAAGGUGAAAUGGUUCAAAUUAAGAAGCUUCGCAGACUCAGUGGUCCAGUCAGAAUGUGAUUCUCUGUUGCUCAGUGAGGAUCUGAGUGAACAGGCUUGUCUCCAGUCAGAUGGCAGACACCACACAUCUGUCCUGACUGUGUGUCUGAGCGUCACUGAAGACCUGACUGAAUACCAGUGUGUGGUGCUGUGCAGGGGCAAGUGCAUCAAAAGAAACACCACAGUCCCAGUAAAAGUGGAGCCGUCUUUCAUCCAGAUCUCCAGCAUUCCUCAGAUCCCCAAGGUGGAGAGGCUGCUGGUUCUCUGCUGUCGGGUGGAGAACUUCUACCCUCAGGACAUCGACCUGGAGUGGUCCAGGAAUGACGGGGAGCAAGUUGGCACCGUCACUCACUUUGGACCUUUCUCUGACCACAACCGCCUCUACAGCAUGUGGAGUAAGAUUCAGCUGGUCAUGGCCAGAGAGGACGAGAGGGCUGUCUACACCUGCCGAGUUUACCACUCCAGCUUCCCUGCUCCAGGUUACAAAGAUGUCCUGUAUCACAUCAACACUCAAGGAACUCCUCCUAAUGUGAUGUUCAUCGACUGUGAACCACUGUGUCCUCUGAUGAAUGAAGAGUGUACACUGCACCUGUGUAUCAAAGACUUCUGUCCUGAGGACCUGUCAGUGACUUGGACUAAAGAUGGAGAGACGAUUCUGUCCGGUGUCUUUAACACUCCCCCAAGCCUGAACAUCAACGGCCUCUACUCCAUGUUCAGUUUCCUCAAACUCACCCCCAGCAAGAAGGACCAGGGCUCCAAGUUCAGGUGCCAAGUGGUUCACAGCGCCCAGAGGGAGCCUGAGGAGAGACUCUUCACACUUCCUGCUGCAACACACAACCUACAUGUGACAGACGGCUGCUGAUGUCUUCACUGUGUAAACUCCUACAUUUCAAGCUACAGUAGUUUGAUUUGUGAAAGUUGGGAUGCAGAUCAGAAGAGAGAAAACAGGUAUUGGGACUGAUGGUGGGCCCUCUAAAAACAGUAUGUGGUUACUGCCUUUCACUGGUAUGAUCCAAGCAGCAACCACCGGGGCUAAAAAAUCAAGCCAACAUGGAAGUGAACAGAAAUAACAGAACACAGAACAUAACAGAAAUAAACAUGUUUACAGCCCAGAAAAACUGCUCUGGCUUCCACAGCUACUCUUAACAUUCAUGACAACUGUACAGAGCAUUUAAAAAAAACCCUACUUGUUUGCUAUUUAAUAAAGGCUUCAGGUUAUACAUAAUUAAGGACAGGCCACUAGAUCCACUCCUUGCUUCUCCACAGCACCUCCCUCUUGUCCAAAUAUGGUCACUUCUGGCUCCAAAAAAUUAGGAUGGUGACGGCUCAAAUGCCAAACUCGAGGCAUCAAAACAGGAGUCCACAAAUCAAUGGGUGACAUCACAGUAGCUGGGUCCAUUAUUUUAUAGUCUAUAGUAUGAUCAACCCAUUCUCAUCCAAACUUGUCAUAUAACCCUGCUUUGUGAGUAGACCUUAACAUCAAAAAAAUGACGUGCUAGGUAGCAACCUGCGUCAGUUUUGGAGGUUCAUGGGCAGCGUCCCAAUUGAUGCUUGUUACAUGCACAGUGUCUUUUUAAAAUAUAUUUCCAUUCUGCUCGUAACUUGCAUACAGUCUUUUCCUAAAUCCACUUACGAUGUAGGUAAAACACUUUGUUUUUAGGUUUAUUUCAUUAAGUUUAGGCAUGGACAUAAUGUCACAUCCAUUGACAUUUGUCAUGGGACGUACAUCACUAGUGUACAUCUCUCCGCAGUCCCCCCACCCCACUCCCCACCACACGGAGAUUACUCAACCUGUUCUCAUUCCCAGCUCGUCAAAUACCACUGUUUUGUCAGUGAUCUCGGUGCCAGACAGCGAUGCACAAAGGCACCCUUUGCAAUGGUGUGAUACACACUGGGUAGUGGCAGUUUGUAAUGCCACCAGCAGCGACCAUAGUAUAAAGACUGAGAAAGUCCUGACUUUCACCCAGAAGCCUGCUGUUUGUUUUCUGUGUAAAACCAAAAAUCAGUGGAACUAUUUUCAUACCAUCUUAGUGUGCUAGCAUGUGUAGCAUGCUAUGCUACUGACAUAUGUUACAUAACUUGUGUCAUGUAAAAUUACAUGACGUUAGUAACAACUGUACUUAUUUUAAAGGGCCAGUGUGUAAUAUUUGGCAUGGUUUAUUGCCAGUCUGACUCUGAAUAUUCUACCCAUUAAUAUGUUUAUACAAGUGUAUAAUCGCUAUAAAAUAAAAUUCGUUUGGUUUUCGUACCCUUAUAAUUAUGCUUUUAUAUAUACAUAUAUAUAUAUAUAUAUAUAGCAAGGGCCUUGCUUUAGAGAAGUCGCCAUCUUGCGCCACCAUGUAUGUAUGGCAGACCGAGCGGACAAUCCAGCCAGCCAGAGAACGCGUUUGGUUGUAUAAAUGAACCAACAAAGACAGUGGAAGGAAGGAAGAAGGAGGAGGAAACAGCAGAGAGUGUUAGUAGUUCGUCGAUAGAGAGUAGUGAAAAGUUUUUUUAGUUAUAAAGUUUGCGAAUGAACCACGCUUACCACGCAACAGGAGAGAAUGAACCCGAACCGUCAUCUGCGAGGAAAAGAAGACACAACUUCACUCCUUGUGAUGCACUCUCUGCGGCGCUUUUCCUCCUGAUGAUAUAUCUCCCCAACGAUGGUAGCACCGAAUCCCAUUCUGUGCAUUCAGCCUCUCUUCUCGCCCACUCAGCAUCAAACACAUAGAGUUCCUCAUCUGUAUGCUCCGGCUCAAACAGGUAUGGCUCUGGGUCUGUGUCCGCUACAAGAAACUCUUCAAAAUCGCGUUCAAAGUCAUCCAUUGCAGCUACUAUAGUCCGGAGACAUUGCUAGGCUAAAUAAACAGCUGAGCUCUGUUUACAGGCUACGCUGUCAGUCAGUGUGCGGGCUGGAGAUUGGCGGAGCAGAAAGGGGAAGGGGGUCCCCACCUGGUAUGGUAAACGAGUAUGUGUGUAUGAACUGUCUCCGUUACACUAGAAGAGUCAGAGUUUGGGACGGAGUCUUUUACCCCCUGGAGUGUUACCGGAGUUUUUGGAGUGCUCAGAUAAACUGGCCUUUUUCCCGAACGCUCCUCUGGUCUCCUGCUCGUGAGAUAUUCAUUACAAUAUCGUAACAUGGGUUAGAUUUCUAAAUAAAUAUUCACCUCUUCGCUAGAUAGACCUACUCCUGAAAAACUCGUGCGCAAGGCCUUUUGUCCCUACGCGGCCACCGUCAUUUACCCGACGGGAAGGGUGAGCGAGUGAGCCCUGCAAUCUAGAAUUUGACCACUGAUGUCACUGUUUUCAACCCAUUUUACACACUGGCCCUUUAAGACAAACCAUGUUUUCUUCUAAACCUAACCACGUGCUUUUGUUGCGUAAACCUAAGGAAAUGAACAGGAAAAAAAGUGCUUUACCGACUGAUGGACACAGUGCAUGUUACAAGUGUACAUGUAGGGAUGUUUUGACACUUGGUCCUUUUCAGCCCUCUAAGCGGACUUAGAGCGGUGACUCAGCAUUUUUUUGGGCAUAUGUGAGCACUCCAAGAGAACUCAGACCCCUCUGAAGCGAACCAAACUCAGACCACCUCAGGGGGUGGUUUGAGUUCGGUUUGCUGAUCGGUGUGGUCCCCUUAACCUGUGCACUGUGAACACAAAGUGCUCUGGGUUCGCUUUGCUCUUUGCCAUUUUAUUUAGCCCUCUAGAUUACAUGCUAUUAAACUGGGAAGUUUAAUAGCAUGGAAAGAACAAACAAAACCACGUUGGCCUGUGACGCUUGCAAGGACGCAGGAUGAGGAGUAGUUUGGUCCAUGAGAGAUACUGCACAUCUCUAGAUGUGGAAUGUAGGAUACAUUAAACCGCAACAGUCUACAGCACAGAGAUACAAAGGUUUUCCUCUAGUUUUAAGUUCAUCUGAGAGUGAGGGGCUUCAUAACCGCACUGCAGUGCCACAUCAAAGUAAAAACAAAACUACAUCAAUGUAUACUGUAUAUAGGCUAUAGUGUGAACAGAAAGAGGACUGAGGCCCCAUCAAAGCUGAAGCUGAUCAGAAAGAGAACAGAGUCAGUUCUUUCAAAUGAACUAACAAUGUGAACACAAAAAGAACUGAGUCCCUUUUCUGGUGGUCCACUUUUUAGUGCACUUUAAGAAGACUGAGUUCAGUUUGUUUUAAAAGGACUAUAUGUGAAAAUACCCUUAAUUGACACAUCAUAAUAAUGAUAAUAAUGCAUUUUAUUUAUAGAGCACUUUCCAAAGUACUCAAAGGUACUCCCUGAAUGUCCAAAACUAAAACAGCUCAUAUAGAAUACUGUAAAUUUAUUACGUUGAUCUGUUCUGUAUGACAUCUAUUGCACAUCUGUCCGUCCUGGAAGAGGGAUCCCUCCUCAGUUGCUCUUCCUGAGGUUUCUACCAUUUUUUUUUCCCCGUUAAAGGUUUUUUUGGGGAGUUUUUCCUUAUCCACUGUGAGGGUCCUAAGGACAGAGGGAUGUCGUAUGCUGUAAAGCCCUGUGAGGCAAAUUGUGAUUUGUGAUAUUGGGCUUUAUAAAUAAAAUUGAAUUGAAUUGAAUACCUGUAGUGUCAUAUUUUGACAAGUGGGUCUACUGAGAAAGUAACAGUAAUUGAUGAGUUGGGGUGGGCAGUGUUGGGUCUAACCUGUGCAGCAGCAGCAGCAGCAGCAACAGAAAGUAAGCUAAUCCAGUCAGGGUAGGUUGGGACCAUGUUGCAACAGUUUUUGUUUUUUUUCUUGAAUUUGUUUGUUGCACGCUCCAGCCUUCAUAAAGCCAGGAUGGAACUGUAGGAAGAAGACAUCUGAUUGAAUCAGGACAAGAGCUCAAUGGUAAACCUGAAUUUAUUCUUUUACAGUCACAACAGACUUUCAGUGUACAGACUUGGAGCCUUUCAACCAAACUGCCUUGCUAAAUUCAACAUUUACAGGCGACUCAAAAAAAGUGUAAAACCAAGUAUUAUUUGAGAAUUUUCAGAACACAGACAUUUCAUAUUAGCCGUGUUCAAAGGCUUAUUACUGAAGAUUGCAGGGUUUUUUUGGUUAAAGUUGUAAUUAAAGUAAUUAAGUUAUUUGUGGUUUAUUGAAUUGCUCCUAAUUAUAUAACUACAGUAUCUUUUCAGACUGUUUUAUGUAUGCAUUACUUAUUUCUCUGUAUGUUUAUGAUCUUUGUA